AUGUCCUCACCAUCUCAAUCAAAAAUCAUUGGCUGGACCUUUGUCGGUGUUGCUGCUGCUGCACUAUCUUACUGUGUUUACUUUGAUUAUGAAAGAAGACACAACCCUGAGUUCAGAAAAAGCAUUAACCAUAAGAAAAGAAAAGCUCAAAAGAAGGCUAAGAUGCAAGCUGAAGAGGAGAAAACCAAACUGUUUGAGGUUUUGAAGAAGAAGUUGAAUGAGUCGUUAGCUGCAAGCCCUCUUCCUACUACUCUUCAAGAGAAAGAGCCAUAUUUCCUUGAGCAAGUGAGUACAGGUGAAAAGUUGGGUGCUAUUCCUGGUAAGGAAAUCGAUGCAGCCAUAUAUUUCUACAAAGGAUUGGCUGUUUAUCCAAAUCCUACAGGAAUUUUGGAUAUCUAUCAGAGGACAUUGCCUCCUCAGAUCUAUGAACUUGUCAUGAAGUUAACAGCAAUUCAGCCUCCAAAAAGUGUUGUUAACAUUUUAGGUGAUUCAGUUGGCUCUUUAGAUGCUGAAAAGACUGUUGAGUAA